ACCUCUGACUGUCCGGGGACAUGACUGGCACACCAGGAGCUGCUACCGCUGGGGAUGGCGAGGCCCCUGAGCGCUCCCCGCCCUCCAGUCCGAACUACGAUCUCACCGGCAAGGUGAUGCUUCUUGGAGACUCGGGCGUCGGCAAAACCUGUUUCCUGAUCCAAUUCAAAGACGGGGCCUUCCUGUCCGGAACCUUCAUAGCCACUGUCGGCAUAGACUUCAGGAAUAAAGUGGUGACAGUGGAUGGUGCCAGGGUGAAGCUUCAGAUCUGGGACACUGCAGGACAGGAGCGCUUCCGCAGUGUGACCCAUGCUUAUUACCGAGACGCUCAGGCUUUGCUCCUGUUGUAUGACAUCACCAACCAGUCUUCUUUUGACAACAUCAGGGCCUGGCUCACAGAGAUUCAUGAGUAUGCCCAGAGGGAUGUGGUGAUUAUGCUGCUAGGCAACAAGGCAGAUGUAAGCAGCGAAAGGGUGAUCCGUUCUGAGGAUGGAGAGACACUGGCCAGGGAGUAUGGUGUUCCCUUCAUGGAGACCAGUGCCAAGACUGGCAUGAAUGUGGAGUUGGCCUUUCUGGCAAUUGCCAAGGAGCUGAAAUACCGUGCAGGGAGGCACCCUGAUGAGCCCAGCUUCCAGAUCCGAGACUAUGUGGAGUCCCAGAAGAAGCGCUCCAGCUGCUGCUCCUUUGUGUGACUCCCAAGGAGCUAAGAGGAGGCCCAGAGACCCUUGGGGAUGCAGUUAUUCCAACUGCCACACCAACUAGAAGCUGGGGGCUCAGUGGGCAGCCUCUGCCAGGGAGGUAGCCGUUACCCUAGUUUCUUUAUCUUCUCUGCAUCAUGGGAAGGAUUAAAUACUCACACUUUAUCUUAAUAUACAAAAACUAAUAACACAAAAGGUACUAGUAUACCCCCAAAACCGAAAUAGGUAGGAACUUGGUGGUCCUUUGCUUUCUGGGACUAAGUUCUAAAAGGCUGGGCCUCCCUCCUAGCAAGAGUGUUACUGCACCAACAUGGCACCAGGGGGCGCCAAAGCACUGCUAGGGCGUGGGAGCUGGUUGUGACCCCACCCCCACCCCAUCACCAAUCCUCACUAAGGAGGUGAAGGAGACCCCAGACUUUUUCCAGCUCCCAGAAAGACAGCCUUUCCCAAUAAGAAGGGUUUUAAUCCUGGGAGCUAGUCCAAAGCCUCAGGAAAGAUAGACAUGGAGAUUGUCAUAACAAGAAUAGCAGUUACUAGGGUGACACUGCUUGGCUACCUCUGGUUUUCCCAACCCUCCUCCUGGAAGCGUGCACACGCUUUUUCUCCAGCACACACGCACAGUGGGGCACCUGAAAACAUCCCUUCCUGUUCUCUGGACCCCACAUCCCAGGGGAUGCCCUGGUCUCCCAUGGAACCUCUCUCAUCAGCUUUCCACCUGGGUUCCUAGACACCAGAGGUUAGAGUCUGGAAAAAAAUUCCCCUCCCUCCCAAUCCUGAGACAAGGUGUACAGCACCACAGCUAUUUAAGGCAGAGGUCAGAGCCAGAUAAAGAACUCGUUGGCUCCUAGAACGGGUGGGAGGCAGAACGGAACAAACCCAUCGUCCACUUUUUCCCAUUAAGCCCCAGCUCACCUCUUGAACUUCAGACCAACACUAGGGCAAAAUGGUUUUAUCUCUUCCUCUUCCACUAGAUCAGGUUGAGAGGAUUAGAAGUUGUCCUUUUGGGGGUGAGUUGAUGUAAUGUGUACGGAACAAGGUAGUGUGGGCAAGUCUGGGGUACGGAGAGGGACAACAAAGAAGCCCUGGAGGCCCAAGACCAUGUGUACCAAAGCUCUGACCUCACCCUUAGAACACUUGGAGGUGUGCAGAUCCGUGACCUACAGAAAGCUUUACUACAUCUCUGGAAGUUGGGCAGAGAUGGAAGUUCCAAGAAUGUAUGCAUUGCACGUUUCUGAGGUUACUGUAAUUUGCUUUCAAGGCAGAAAUCUUGCUCCCAGAGCAAAGUCAGCACUCUAAACUUGGAUUGAUAAGGAACUUCUCUGUGACCAUCUCACAGGGAGAUCAGGGAGGAGCCUGGGCUCCCAGUUCUCUUCUGGGGCUCUGAGCAGAUUGCCUGAGCUCUAGUCACAUAGCUCUGGGCCUCUGGCAUUUGUGCUUUUCAGAAUUAAAUUGCAAUAUUUUGGAAAAUA